CUAAUUUUCAGCAUUUUCAUUCCGAUUGUACCUUCCAUUGAGGAAUUCCUCAUUUCUCAAAAACCAAACCCAUGAAUUUCUUUAAACCCAAAGAAGGCCGGCAGCCGGCGGCUCCGCCGCCGUCGCCCCAGCUGCUCUUCCAGCAGGCCGUCACAUCGCUACAGAAACAGUUCUCGACCUUCGUUAACAAUAUGCAGAACAAUCCCCCUCUCAGAAACCCUUUCUUUGCCAAAAUUUCCGACGACAGCAACACGCUUCAGAGCAAAUUCAAUCCCCCUAGCAAUAAUAGUGACCUAACUCCUAAGAAUUGCGCAAUGUCACAGGAAGCAAUCGAGGAGCGGCUCGCUGGAGUGCCAGUGUACGCCCUGAGCAACGGCUCUGAGGAAUUUGUCUUGGUUUCGGGCACUCAAUCGCGCAAAGAUCUCGGUUUGUUCUUUUUCACCGAAGCCGACGCCGAAGCUCUCCUUAAGCAUAUGAAAUCUGUUGAUUCUUCUAUGAGUUCUGGCUCACAAGUUGUUCCUGUUGCUCUAAGCAAGGUUUUUGAUCUUAAAGUUAAUGGGGUGGCUUUGAGAUUGUUACCCGAGGCUUCUCAGAUAAAGAAUGCAUUGCAGGAAAGGAAAAGGGUUGGUGUGGAUGAGGAAAGCUUCCGUGGGGUCCCAGUUUUCCAGUCGAAGAGCUUGGUCUUGAGGAGUGAAAAUAAGACCUAUCGCCCUGUCUUCUUCAGGAAGGAGGAUCUAGAAAAGUCACUUUCUAGAGCUUCACGUGAUCAGAAGCAGGUGAAUCCCAGCUUGAGGCGAGGGGACAUACAGGUUGCUGUUCUUGAGGAUAUAAUUCAUGGAAUGAAGGCUACCACAGUGUCAUCAUGGGACGAUGUAGUUUUCAUUCCUCCCGGUUUCGAGGUUUCAAGUACUCCAGCUCGACAAAAUUGAUCGUCAGUUCAUCUGCAAAAUACCAUCUAUCUAGAGCUUUUAUGUUGGGAGGUUGCCAAAUUUUCUACUCUGGAACUGGUUACUUUGUUACUCGGAAGUGGUAAGUUUUAUUUGCUAGUUCGAAAUGCAUGUUUUAGGAUGAUCUUUUGCCAUUUUAGGGCCUGAUGAGACUAUCGAGUUCAUUUCA